AUGUCAGGACGCGGAAAGCAGGGGGGCAAGGCCCGCGCCAAGGCCAAGUCGCGCUCUUCCCGCGCCGGGCUGCAGUUCCCCGUGGGCCGCGUGCACCGCCUGCUGCGCAAGGGCAACUACGCCGAGCGGGUGGGGGCCGGCGCGCCCGUGUACAUGGCGGCCGUGCUGGAGUACCUGACGGCCGAGAUCCUGGAGCUGGCGGGCAACGCGGCCCGCGACAACAAGAAGACGCGCAUCAUCCCGCGCCACCUGCAGCUGGCCAUCCGCAACGACGAGGAGCUCAACAAGCUGCUGGGCAAAGUCACCAUCGCCCAGGGCGGCGUGCUGCCCAACAUCCAAGCCGUUCUAUUACCAAAGAAAACCGAAAGCCACAAAGCCAAAAGCAAAUAAAUCCUACCCACAAGCCAAAGAACAAAGGCUCUUUUUAGAGCCACCCAAGUUUUCAGAGAAAGAGCUAAUGCGCUGUUUUGUGACCAGCCCUUCCGAAGC